CGAACGCGAUGGGCGUACCGCGAGUUAGUAGCACCGCGCCAGCCGAGCUUGAGCUCGGGCGAGCGUCCCGGCCCCACCUGUUGAUCGUCGAAGACUCGAGAGAGGCGCGCGCGAGCGAAGCAGUGUGGCCUCCAGAAGGGCUAGAAGCAGCGACAAGUGUGAGAGGUAGCUCAGUAGACUACGCAGCCGCGUUGAUGCUGGCAGCGAUGGCGGCUGUGCUGCUCGCCGCCGUCGGCUACCAGUGCGCUGCCACGUGGCGUUGGAUCAUGGGCAGGUUAGCAAUGUUCCUUCAGACUCGUCGUGACUCCGAAGACAGCAACUGCGACUCCCUGUCUCGCCAGGCAGCGAUCCGCAUCAGUCACUCCCUGCCCGACCUGCAAACAGAGCCUCUCAAACAGGAGUAUGUGCAAGAACACAAAGACGCUGGGAAAAAGGUCCUCCGUCAGACGACUCUGCCAAUAGUCCCCGACCGGCACCAAACGUUCCAGCGGCAGCUCUCCCACCGCCUAGACCUGCCUUCCAUACAGUUCAGUAUCUGUAGCCUGGAGCGAGCUGAUUCAUCCAUUGGACUUAUUAAGCCCGAACUGUACAAGAAUGAACUGGUGCGUCAAUCUUCCACCGACAGCGGAGACCUGGAGUUCUGUGGAAAACUACACUUUGCUCUCAAAUAUGAUCAAGAAGUCGAGGCCCUGGUGGUUAAGAUAUUCGAAGCUCGUGAUUUGCCCAUAAAAGACGUAUCCGGAAGCAGCGACCCCUACAUCAAGGUGUUCCUCCUGCCAGAUCGCAAGAAGAAGUUUCAGACCAAGGUGCACCGCAAGAAUCUCAACCCAGUGUUCAAUGAGACAUUCUUAUUCAGUGUACCUUACGAAGAGCUCCGUCAGCGCUACGUGCAGUUCUCCGUGUAUGACUUCGACCGCUUCAGUCGGCACGACCUGAUCGGCCACGUGGUGUUGAAGGGACUCCUUGAGUCCGCCGACCUUCAUCAGGAGAUCGAGUACACCAUGAAUAUUCUGGCACCACCACAGGAGAAGAAAGAUCUUGGAGAGCUGAUGCUGUCUCUCUGUUACCUGCCCACUGCUGGCAGACUUACUGUGACGGUGAUCAAGGGAAGGAAUCUCAAAGCGAUGGAUAUUAACGGAUCUUCAGAUCCCUAUGUGAAAAUUUGUCUCAUCUGCCAAGGCAAACGAAUAAAGAAGAAAAAGACGACUGUAAAGAAGAAUACUCUGAGCCCGGUGUACAAUGAAGCCCUGGUCUUCGACCUGCCCGCGGAGAACGUGUAUGACGUCACACUUCUGGUCAAGGUCAUCGAUUACGAUCUGAUCGGUCCAAACGAACUCAUCGGCUGCACAGCAAUAGGGUCCUCCCUGAUCGGCAUCGGCCGCGACCACUGGCUCGAGAUGUUGGACAACGCGAGGAAACCCGUCGCGCAGUGGUAUCCUCUAAACAAAUGCCCUCCCACCAACAUCAACGUCACCAAGAACGACCAACAGAACACACCGUUGAGCUGCUUGAAUUCAAGAUGAAGGGACUACCGUCUGCACACAGUUACAACAUCGUCAAAUAACCGAAUUGCACGUGAAAGGUUAAGUUAAGGAGAAUCUACUGGAUUUUCUCGCGAUGCCAAAGAUUUAGCAGUAGGUGAAUACGAUUAGGAGGUAAUGGUUGUAUGUCCAUUUACUGUAGAAGAGAUAUUAAAAUGAAUAUUAAGUGAUAUCAAAGCGUAGAGGAUAUAUUUAUAAAAAUUAGCUGUAUCUGUUGAAGUAGAGAUUUAUAUUAUCCCUAAUCAUUUAUCAAUACUCUCUUUUAAACAGCAUCUAAAAGCUGAAAGUUUCCUUUUCAGGUUUCAACUUAUAUAUGAUCUAUUCGUUUGUUGUAGCAUGUGAAAUAUGUAAACAAUUCCUUAGAUUCUGAUUGUUUAAAAUAAACAUAAGUUAAAAAUGUGUAACCCGUAUAAUUUAUAGUAGAACUAGUGAUUAGUCGAUGGAGGUUUACUAGUAGUUAAAAAAAAAUCAUCAUCGCCAUUUUUCUAAAACCCUUUAUAUCUAUCCACUUGUUGGUGUUUUUAAAUUGUAUUGUAUAUAUAUACUUUGUUUAUUGUUACCGCCCUUUUUAUUCCUAUAUACGUUUAUAACUAUAUGAUAUUUAUAAUUUUAUAUAUUAAUCUUUAUACGAAAAACGCACAUCUCAAAUUCAAGACUUGAUCGUGUCAUGUACAUAUAAUUAUAAGCUAUCAUUAGAUUAAAUAAAUGUUGUAAGUUGUUGUCUUUUACAAAAAAUAGAAAAACUUUUAAAAUAAAAGAAAAUAUCAUAUAAUAUUACUAAAAUAUAAUAUAUAUAAUAUCAAACUUGCAAUUUACAUAAUCUCAUAUCAAAUGUCCUUCGACAUGUAAACGUAAAAGAAUUUAUUGUAAAAUUUAAUGAGAUUUUACAAAAUUUAUAAAUAUACAAAUAAUAAUACUAAUUAUGUAUUUGCAAUGUGUGUAAUUUUUGUUAAAAUAAUAAUUAUAAUAUGUCGAAUGUUACAAACAUUCUUUUGAUGUCUGACAAUAAGUAGUUGGAUUUUGCACAAAAAUUAAAUAAUACACAAGAUGAUUUUUUAUUUCACUCGCACACUCAAAAAUAUUAUCGCUUAUAAAGUUCAUAAUAUAUCUAUAUAAGAGAAAAUUGAAGCUUUAAAUCGUAUUAAAAUAAAUAUUAUAUUUUAAAAUAUAUAUUGAUCAAUACUCAAUAUGGAAUUAUAUUAAGUAAAAUAUGUGUAUUAAAAUAUAUAACUAAAUUAAUAAUGUGUCUGCUUAUCGUAGUUGAUAUUGAAACAAAAUAAAAUUAAGAUAAAUUCUUCUUUCAGAUAAAAAAAUGUUUGUUUAUUAUAUUAGAACGGAUACAAUAAUAUUUCGAAUAUCUUUUAUCAAAUUGUAUGUUGUUUUCAAUGUCCAGUUUCAUUUCGUAAACCUCUGGAAUAUAUAUAAAAAAAUGUUAUAUGAAACCUAUUUCCUGUAUGAUGAAGUAAAAAUUUGGCUAUCCUUCUCAAUGUCCCUUCGCAUCACCUUAUUACUCAUUUCGUAACUCAUUACCAGCUUACUUCCCAAUUCAAGCGUGCCCACAGAAGAUUUACUAAAAAAUGUAGGUCGAUUAGUAUUUCUGGGACUCUCGUGUGGAACGAUAUUCCUCAAUGCAUAUAUGAUACAAUGGGUUACAAUACUCUUAUAAACGUUAUAAAAGCGCCAACGCUGGGUUUUAAUGUAUCGCUUUUUUAACUCUCGUGCGAAUGAGGCUAAUAGAUUAGAAUGUUGAGCGGUAACGAAAAUGCGUGAACGAAAUGCGUAUGUUGAGAUGGAUGUGUGGCCUGACAAGAAUGGAUAAAACAAGGAAUGAUAUAAUAUUUGAGGAAGUCUGAAAGUAGUGCCAGUGACAGAAAAAUUGAGGAGUAAAAGGUGAGUUGGGCUUGGACAUGCAUUGCGGAGGGAUGAAAGUCAUAUUGCUAGAAAGACACAGGAGGAGAGGAAGGCAAAGGAAGAGAGGAAAUGGAAGGAAGUUGGUUGGAGUGUGUAAAAGAGGACAUGUAUGUAAGACUGCCGAGGGAGCGUAGCGGAGAAACGGAUUAAUGCGGAGCGUCGCGUACUGUGUCUGUCCACCGGAGCGGAGUUAUAGACUAUGUUAAAUAAAUAAAUGUUAAAUUUAAUUAAUUUAACCCCGCUCCACCGGUUUUAUAUGAAUUUUUAAACUAGUUCGCAAGUCCCUGUCCACUUAAGGAGGAGUGGAGAUUUUGUGCAAUCCUACUGGUUAAUAUUUCUCUGAUUCUUGGCUCCGCUGCCUCGCUCCUCUUCCACCGCUUGGAAGCCUAAAGGGAGUGGAUGAUGAGUUGACGAGUAAUAGAGACGAAUGGAGAUAAGGGAAAGGAGAUGAUGAUGAUGGAUAUGAUACAAUACAUACAAUAGAAAUUAGUCCCAAAAACUUCCUAGUAUAGGUAAUUUGGUUACACAAAAUUUCCAUUCUGUAUAAAAAAAGUCAAAAAUGUCUUUGCACAGUAAUUCAAUAAAACUUCCCUGGGGAGACCGUUUAGUGAUGUUUGCUAUCCAUUAGCGAAGUUUAGCGAAUAUUUUAACAGUUUGACGUAAACAAUACGUUUCAGUUGCGAACUUAAUGGGCAAAUAUUGUAGUGGUGCAAAUAGACUGGGCGUUCAACUAAAGAUCUUAAUUACUUUUGGGGCUAGAAAAUACAAUUUUUAAUGAUAAUAACAUUUUAUUUUGUAGCUGUUUAUAUUUUUUAACAAAAUAAAUAAUCCUGUUCCGAUAAAGCAAACUCUGUUAAUUGUAUUUUAUCAUCUGUAGUAAAAUAAAGUAGCAAAAUAAAUAUUUCUAAUCUUUCUUUUAAUAUUAACAUCAUCAUUACUGUAUGCCUGUAGUUUUGGAAAAUAAUGUAAACAGAUAAUUCAAUAAAUGUUAUUUUGAGAGAAUUGAUUAAUUAAAGUAAUUUAAUAUCUGAUCUUAAGUUUGUUUGCCGACAACAUGUCCAAAGGUUACUCGUAAUUAGUUUUUGUUACUACGUAAAAGCAAAGUUAUAGGAUAUAGAAUAUAGAUAUAGAAAUUCCUAUAGCAACUUUCAUUGUGAGUUACACUAUUUACUGGUAGCAUUAGUUAAAACGGUUUUAUAAAUAUGCAGACAAGCUUUGUCUUGUUUAGAUGUACAUCUUUGGUGGAAUAACAGCUUUAUUUGAUAUUUUGUAUUUAUAAAUUUCUUUAUAAAACAUCGUCGUCAUCAACCCAUAUUCGGCUCACUGCUGAGCUCGAGUCUCCUCUCAGAAUGAGAGGGGUUAGGCCAAUAGUCCACCACGCUGGCCCAAUGCGGAUUGGCAGACUUCACACACGCAGAGAAUGAAGAUAAUUCUCUGGUAUGCAGGUUUCCUCACGAUGUUUUCCUUCACCAAUUGAAACACGUGAUAUUUAAUUUCUUAAAAUGCACACAACUGAAAAGUUGGAGGUGCAUGCCCGGGACCGGAUUCGAACCCACACUCUCCGGAAUCGGAGGCAGAGGUCAUAUCCACUAGGCUAUCACUGCUCUUAUAAAACAUAUUUAUUAAAUAUCAUAAACAAUAAAUAUUAGAGAUCAAAAUGGCGCCGAGUAGAGUCGUUUCGCUGGCAGUGUGAUAAGGAAUUUGGGGAGAAUUUAUGUUUGGACAUAAAAGUGUAACACAAGAUAAUAGCGUAUAUUUUAAUGACAACGUUGUUCCUUUUUUAUAGCGAAAAAUAUCAUGGGUUUCGUGUUUUGGAAAUUGAUAUUUUGUUAAAUAAAGAAACGUGGAUAAUGGAUGUUUUUUCAACUGUUUUGGUUAAUAUAUAUUUAUUAUAGCUUUUAGCUAGAUAGAUACACCAGGGCAUCUGUGGGUAAAUGUUUGUGUUUGACAUUCGUCAUUGACGGCCUCCGUGGCGCAGUGGUAUGCGCGGUGGAUUUACAAAACGGAGGUCCUGGGUUCGACCCCCGGCUGGGCAGAUUGAGAUUUUCUUAAUUGGUCCAGGUCUGGCUGGUGGGAGCCUUCGGCCGUGGCUAGUUACCACCUUACCGGCAAAGACGUACCACCAAGCGAUUUAGCGUUCCGGUACGAUGUCGUGUAGAAACCGAAAGGGGUGUGGAUUUUCAUCCUCCUCCUAACAAGUUAGCCUGCUUCCAUCUUAGACUGCAUCAUUACUUACCAUCAGGUGAGAUUGUAGUCAAGGGCUAAAUUGUAAAGAAUAAAAAAGAAAUCGAUAGGUUUCGUAAGAUGUCAUUCCUAUAUUUUUUUUAGUUUUAAGACUUAACAUUCUUAGAAAGAGAUUCGUUAUGUUCAGAAAUUCUAGCAGUUUCUUAGGAAAUUAGGUACUUCAAAAUUAAUUUUUGUUUGUGUUUUUAAGUUUAGAUAUUACACAAAAUAUAGCCUGCAGGUCAAAACUUCUGAAAAAAGAAAUGAGGUACUUUUAAUGCCCACUAUGUUUAUAACAAUUUAAUUAGGCUCUUUUUAGACACACGAUAUUUUAUAUGUGCUCUUUAGAUUUGCUCCACCUUCAAAGAUGUUAAAAACAAAUAGAUUUGCUUUUAGUAGAGCUGUACUGUAUAAGUCUCAGCCAUAAUAGUAAUUAACUGCGUCGUUUAGUUAAUUAAUAAGCUAAAGGAAAAUCUGAUAUGUAAUUAAAAACUGGUCUAUUAAUUUCAGCUCUACAACCAGUACUUGAGCAAAAGCGUCUAAUUUAGUAAAAUAACGGUUUAGAUAAAAUCAGUAACUUCAGUAAUGCUGAAUAAAACCUAAUUACGGGAAUAGACUCUCUAAUAGAAUAGAAAAUCCGGCUUUUAUUUUUUUGAGUUGUAUUGUUAUAAAAUAUUAAUUUUAAGUUAAAGAUUGGCGUGGUAAAUAUACAGCAAGUAGAGACAAGUUUGCUUUGCCAAAAAGAAUGAAUUUAUUUAAAUUUGAUAUAUUUUAGAUUGUUUUUAUCAUCUAAUAAGGCAAAUUUAUAAAUCGCUUGAACAAAUGUAAGAAAGUAUAUUAAGUCUAUUUGAGUUAGAGUAGGUUUUUCUGUCUGUUUUAAAAAUGUUUCCUGUUUGCAAAGAAAAUGUAUUAAAUUUGAGAGUACAAUUUGCAUGGAUGAUAGAUUAUUUUUGUAUGAUAACUUCGUACUUAACACUUUAGUCUGUAUACUGUAAAUCUGUGCUAAUUUAAGUACUUGUACUGGUUUAUGAAUAAAAUGUUGACA